GUAAUUUUGGCCACGAUUUGGCAUGCCGCUCUUGAUUUUGUUGCUCCCAUUCGCUUUCAUCAGCUGGCCGUGAAAUCAAUAAGCAUAAAAUAUUCAAGUCCGCGCGGUGGCAAAUUUAGCAUGGCGGAAUUCGCGGAGGUCUUGCCCCACAAUGGCCUGAUGGACGGGAUCGCCUCGGGAGUGGGGGUGCCCGUGGAGGCCCUCCGGUUGCUCCUCACCAUUUUGGCCGGUUAUCCGGUUGCAGCAUUUUAUCAAAAGUUUAUUGCCAUAAUUGCCAACAAAACAGUGCAUCACAUGUUCUUCGCUGGAUGCGGCGCUGGAUUAUGUUACUUCAACUAUGGUCGAGACACAUAUCACUCACUCAUAGCCAUCCUGACCACCUAUUUCCUGGUACUUCUCGUGCGAAAGAAAACGCAAAUAUUUCUGGCCAUUAACUUCGUAUUCCAUAUGAGCUACCUGCUGCUGGGAUAUUUCUACACUUCCAGCAAUGAAUACGAUAUUCUGUGGACGAUGCCUCACUGCAUUUUGGUUCUGCGGAUGAUUGGCUAUGGCUUUGACAUAACCGACGGACUGAAAGAGGAGUCGGAAUUGUCUAAGGACCAAAAGGAGACCGCUCUGAAGGAACCGCCUUCUCUGCUGGAGCUCCUGGCCUUUUCCUAUUUCCCCAGUGGAUUUUUGGUUGGACCGCAGUUCCCAUUUAGCCGGUAUAAGGCCUUUGUCGAUGGCCAAUUCCGUCAGCACGAAGGAAACGUGGAGGCUGGCAUUCGUCGAUUUGGAGCUGGUGCAUUCUACCUGAUUGUGUGCCAAGUGGGAUUGAGAUAUCUUCCCGAUUCAUACUUCCUCACUCCGGAGUUUGCGCAAGUUUCGUUCGUCAAGAGAAUUUAUUUCCUCGGCUUCUGGGCCAAAUUCAGUCUGUACAAGUACAUAUCAUGCUGGCUGCUCACCGAAGGAGCUCUCAUUUGCAUUGGUCUAACCUACAAGGGAGAGGACAAGAACGGACAACCAGAUUGGUCGGGCUGCAGCAAUGUGAAGCUUAAGCUGCUGGAGACCGGAAACACAAUGGAGCACUACGUUCAAAGUUUUAAUGUAAACACGAAUCAAUGGGUUGGACAGUAUAUCUACAAGCGACUGAAGUUCCUCAACAAUCGCACGAUCAGCUACGGCGCGGCAUUGGGUUUCUUGGCGGUCUGGCACGGAUACCACAGCGGUUACUACAUGACAUUCCUCAUGGAAUACAUGGUUGUGAGCACCGAAAAACAAAUAACCCGUUUCUACACCAAAGUGGUGUUGCCCCAGUGGGGCCAUAUUCUGAACCACUCGGACAUCUACAAGCUGUUAUAUUUCUUCACUCUCAAAUCGUACAACAUUGUUUACAUGGGCUGGUGUCUCACCGCAUUUGUGUUUCUGAAAUACGAGCGGUGGAUCGUGGUUUACGGAGCAGUUAGCUACUAUGGAUUCACUGUUUUAAUACUCUGGGCUGCCUUCUAUCACACCUAUAAUCACUUUUUCCGGAGCAGUUCCCGAAAAGAAGCUGGAGAGGAUCAGAAGUUAGAGGAUAAAAGCACGGACAAACUCAUAGAGGAAAAGAAACCUGAAGAUAAGAAGUCUGAGUAGGAUUGGAUAGAUAGAAGGAAGUAACUGGCAGUUCUCAAAAUUUUAGUUUUGCCUUGACAAUUGUUUGGAAUUGGUUUUAAACACAUAAUCGAAUUGUUCUUACUAACCAAAUAAGAUGAUUUACCAAAUAACGAGAAACUGUAAUUAGAGAUUUGUUAACUAGCUAUUGAAACACAAUUUUAACAUAUAUAUAUAUUGUCUGCCUAGUCAAGGAGGAGUCAUCCCCAAGUAUGCAGUGUGUAUUUUGGCGAUAAGAUAUUGUUUUAUCUUGCCCAAAAACACAUUCUAUAUAUAUAUAAUAAUGGAAUUGUAAAUUGAAUAAGUGUUUAAACCGGUUAAGUUCAACUAGGAACUAGACAGAUCACACAAGACUACGAUAUACCAGGGUCUUUGAAAAUCAAACAAUUUCAUUUAUUGAAAGGGGAGCAGCGCUCAAGGAGACUAUCUAAGCCAUAAAGACAGUUUUAUACCAAUGUAAAGAUGAUGCAAAGAUAUAUUUUGAUAUGCUCACGCUAAGUUUUAUUGUCAGUAAAUUGAGAUGCGAAAUAAAUGCAAUGAAAUUAUUUUUAAGUAAAAAGUGCGCACUUUUUUGGGUACUUGCAUAUGACCUUUUCUAGUUAUUACCUAAGAAGUCUCAAAAUAUUGACUAAUGAGAAUUGCUUAAACUUGAAUAAAAUCGCAUGCGCAUUUAGUGCAAUUAUA